AUGGCUGUUUCUCCGAAACAAAGAAUAAGCCCGGUCAAGGUUAAGCGAAGGAGGCCACCCAAGUACAGGUUCUUUAGGAAAAAGCUUUCAGGGCUAGACAAAAUGACUCCUAAUCAAUUCGUUUCUCUUGGAAAGGAGAAGGCCCAACGCCAUAAACGGAAGAGAGUUGAUGACAUGUAUGAAAAUGAUGAAGUCAAGUCUGCUGUAACGGAACGAGCGGUGGAGGUUCAAACUAAUCUAUCAUCUGAAUUCCCUAGUCUGAUUAAGUACAUGCUCCCAUCACAUGUUACUGGAGGAUUUUGGCUGGGUCUUCCCAAGGACUUUUGCUUGAAGCAUUUGCCAAAGGAGGACAGAAUGAUUGUUUUGGAAGAUGAAGAGGGGAAAGAGUUUCAAGCAAAGUAUUUGGUGGAAAAGACUGGUCUCAGUGGUGGAUGGAGAGGGUUCUCCAUUGCUCACAAAUUACUGGAGGGAGAUGUCUGUGUCUUUCAUUUAAUCAAACCCUCCAAAUUGAAGGUGUACAUUGUUAGAAGAGAAGGUUCAGAUGAAAUGAAUGUUGCCCUUGGCCUUCUGAAAUUAGAGUCUUCCACCCAACCAAUGGACCUUGGCAAGUCAUUUCUUUUCCCAGUCCUUCCACUGGGCAUUUAUCCAAAAACUAUUCAUAACAAUGACCCGACACUCUCCAGCACUAGUUUGGGACCUACUCCAUAUCACUCUGAAAAUGAUAGCGAGGAUCUUGGGUCUGAAGUUUUGGAUGGAAUCAGGUUGUCUGAAUCCAUUGUUGAUUUUAAAGAAGUGAAAAGCAUUGAGAACUUUAAAAUUCUUGCAAAUGGUUUAAUCAUAAAUUCUGAGCUUGCCAAAUAUGUUCAAAUGAAGUACUAUGAGCUUUGUUGUAGUCAAAAGUCAUUCCUUCAUGAUCAUCUUCUCGAGGGACUCAACUAUAAGUUGGUUGCUGGAGUUAUUGCUGAGACCGUCAAUAUUGCUGAUGCCAUAAGAGCUGCCAAGCUUACAACCUCCCACCAUAAUUUUCUGACUUGGGACCAGACUUUGAAAUCGUUUGAGGGGUUGGGCAUGAAAGUUGGCAUGUUACGCUCUCGAUUGGAUCGACUGAUGAACCUUUCUUUGAAGGCAAAGAGACACCAAGAGGCUAGACUUGAACAAGUUCAUGCAAAGGAGGAGAAGAGGAAACUUGAAGCCAAGCUUCUGGAAGUAACUGAGGCACUAAAUAGGCUUGAUAUAGAGAUAGGGUCAUUGGAGGAGGAGAAUGCUGACAGGCUUGAGAUUCUGUUUCAAGAAAAGGCAAGUGCCCCUUGGUGAUAGUGGGCACUUUGUGUUGGUGGCCUAUGGUUUUUGUGCUGAAACAUGAGCCUUUUGUUUUGGAAGAAAGUUCCAUGUUUCAUGGUGAUCCAUUUUCUGAAAGAUCCCGGCUUUCAUGCUUUGGUGAGUCUCUUUGUGGAUCCCAGGCACAGCAGCAAAUAGUAUUUUGUGAAGAAGACAUCAGUACAUGUACUUAUAUUUUUGUGAGGGAGGUAUUGUAUAUGGUCCUCAGAAGGGGAUAGCUUAUGAAUUGCCAUAAAUCAAAAGUGUGUACUGUUGUAUGU